CUCGGUGCUUUGUAAACAAAAGAAAUUCUUAACCAUGGAGGAAGGGAGAACAAAAGGGCACAAGGCGUAGGGGGUUAGAUGAUUUGUUUAGGAAGAGAUAUAUAGAAUCAUAGAAGUUGGAGAAGAUGUUUGGACAGAUCGAUCAAUUAAUUUUGGAGGUGCUUUGUUUUUUCAGAAAUGCAUUUUAAGGCAUAAUUCCAAAGUCCAUCGUCUACAUGCUUUGGGUGGGGGUAUAACUGUAGAAGAAUAUGCCCACGACACUGUGCAUGAUUGCGAAAGAGGUAAGUAAAGUGGAACAACGUAAAUAAAAUAAAUAAAAGGUUCAGCCGCCAAGACAUUUGGCGACCAGGAAAAAAACGAAACAAGGGAUUUGCUCCAUUGCUCAAUUUUGCUCUAUUGAGCUAGUGCUCCUCCUCCUCCUGAGGCCCGCCCUUUCGUUUUUUCACUGGGAAAUGGAAAACCAAAGUGUGAACGGCAUCGAAGCCGGUAAAAUCUCUGUCCUCAAUUGUAUCGAUCUCUCUAAUCCUGACAUUCACCAAUCCGUUUCGUUGCUCAAACAGGCUUGUUUGGAUUCCGGAUUUUUCUACAUUGUAAACCAUGGGAUAAGCGAGGAAUUUAUGGACGAGGUUUUCGCACAGAGCAGAAGGAUGUUUGGUCUGCCGUUAAGUGAUAAAAUGAAGCUUUUAAGGAACGAGAAACACAGGGGCUACACCCCUGUUCUUGACGAGAUUUUGGACCCUGAAAACCAAGUUCACGGAGAUUACAAGGAGGGAUACUACAUAGGAGUGGAAGUAGCUGAAGAUGACCCGGCAUCGGAAAAACCUUUUUAUGGGCCAAAUGUUUGGCCUGCACCAGGACUGUUGCCUGGAUGGAGGGAGACAAUGGAGAGGUUCCAUCAAGAGGCUUUAAAGGUUUCAAGAGCAGUUGCCAGGAUAAUAGCUCUUGCACUUGAUCUGGAGGUUGAUUUCUUUGACAGGCCACAAAUGCUUGGCGAGCCAAUUGCAACCUUGCGCUUAUUACACUAUGAAGGUCAAGUUUCUGAUCCCUCAAAGGGAAUAUAUGGAGCUGGAGCUCAUUCUGACUAUGGUUUGAUUACCCUUUUGGCAACAGAUGAUGUCAUAGGUCUCCAAAUAUGCAAGGAUAAGGAUGCUAAACCUCAGAUAUGGGAAUAUGUGCCGCCAUUGAAAGGAGCAUUUAUAGUGAAUCUUGGUGACAUGCUGGAGCGCUGGAGCAACGGUAUUUUCAAGUCCACCUUGCACAGAGUUUUGGUGAAUGGUCAAGAGAGAUACUCUAUUGCAUAUUUUGUGGAACCAAGUCAUGAUUGUCUUGUUGAGUGCUUGCCAACCUGCAAGUCAGAAAAUAAUCCUCCCAAGUUUCCUCCCAUCUUAUGUCGAACUUACCUUAGCCAACGCUACGAGGAUACUCAUACUGAUCUGAGUAUAUACAACAAAACUGAAGUUUAAGUUUUGCCCCAGGACGCUUUGGGAGAUCUACACACCUGAGCUGCCAGAAAUUUAUUCUACCAAAUCAAGUUCGAACGAUAUAAUCAGACCAGUAGAGGUUUCUACAUAGAUUUGCACUUGUUUCUACAUGUUUUCUAUAUUAUGUUGCUUUAGGUAAAAUCAUAAGGCGGGUUGGCUGUGUCGGCAAAGAAAAUGUCGAUUCCGGAUGUAUAACCAUGCCAUUUUAGAAUUUCGGUUGGCCAUUAUUAGAGAUAUGGUGUCAGGUGUGUAACAAACGGAUGUAUAUAAUUAGUUACUGGAAAACCUUUUGGGGGAUCCUCAACCA